AUGGCUCCUGACGCUGCGACACUCACUGGGGGCUCGCUCCUCCUCGCAUGGCAGCUCAAAGAUAAGACGGUUCUCAUCGUGGGCGGCGGCGAUGUCGCGUCGGGGCGUAUUGAAUCGGUCCUCGUCGCGGACGCACGCAUCAUUCUCAUUUCACCGUGCGCGGGCUUACACCCGCUCACCAAGAAUUUCAUUGAUACCUCCGACCGCAUCACCUAUCAUGAUCGCACGUUCGCGGGGCCGGACGACCUGGAGGGAGUUGACAUGGUGCUCACCGCCGUUGAUGAUGUGGAGAAGUCGCGGGAGAUCUGCGCGCUGUGCCGCAAACGCAAGAUUCCAGUGAACGUCGCAGAUAUCCCUCCCUCAUGCGACUUCUACUUCGGGUCACAGAUCCGCAGUGGCCCCUUGCAGAUCAUGAUAUCCACCAACGGGCAGAGCCCAAAGCUCGCCAACCUCAUCCGCCGGAGAAUCGAAACCAGUCUGCCAGAGGGUGUCGGAGAGGCAAUCGAGAAGGUCGGGACAUUAAGGUGCAAGCUGAGAGAGCGAGCUCCGGGCGUCGGGGGAGAGCUUGGGAAGCGGAGGAUGCGAUGGAUGGUGGACGUGUGCACGUCCUGGGAAAUGGAAGAUCUGGCGAUGCUGGACGACGAGAUGAUGGCAAAGCUUCUCAAUGAUGGGUGGGAGCACAACCGAGUGCCCAAACCGCAGGAAAUCAGCAGCAAGCACAAGCGGGCUCGCGCAGUUACCGCCAUCAAACUAUCGUCGGGCGCAUGGAUGCCCUCGAUGGCCGGCUUUCUCGCCGGUGUCGCAUGCACCGCGCUUGCAUUCAGGCUCGCUCAACGUGCAUGA